AUGGACCUGGACAAGUGGAUCGUAAAAACUACGAAAGACAUUGAAGCCGCGCAGAAUUUAGUCCAGAAGAUUUUGGAUGAGGUGAAUGGAAUUGCUAAAUCUCAGAAUUUGCCCAAACUUGAAUCGGCGAUUCACAAGGUUGAAACCGAGUUGGAUGGCAGAGCUAAGGAUUUACAAAAAUGGAAGGCAGCGGCGGAAAAAGUACUCCAAGGAACGAUUGAGAAGGGGUAUGAUGUGCAUAAGAACAUGGAUCCCACUCAACAAAAAGAUCCCCCUGGCGAGGCGACACAGAUUGGCAAGGGACUUCAGCAGAUUACUACAGCUAAAGAAGCAGUUUCAGGUGUCAAUCAGAAGCUGAUUGACGUUCACGGAGAUUUGCACAAUUGGAAUACCACGGCAGGUGAAGUUCUUAGGAAAGUGGUUACUAAGGCGCAGGACGUGCGUGACAAGUUGGACCCUAAUACACAAGAUGAUCAGCAUAAAAUUGGUAAGAACAUUAAGACUAUUGAAGAAGCUAAAACGCAACUCGAUAGCGCAAAAGACCAACUUGGCGAACAAGUUACCAAGUUAGGUACCUGGAUCACCGACGCUGAGAAAAUCCGUCAACAGGCAGAGCAAAAGGCCAAGGAAGCCUAUGAUAAGUUGAAGGUUAAUAAGACAUUGGACAAAAAUGUUAAGAAGAUUGUGGCAGCUAAAGACAGAAUUAAUGAAGUGUAUGGGAAGCUGAAUGGUCAUAUUGGGAGUUUGAAUAGUUGGAAGCAGGAGGCCAGCACAGUGCUUGACGGGGCGAUUGGGAAGGCGACGGAAGUUUGGCAUGCAUUGGAUGACAGUGAGACAAGGAAGGGUAUUGGGAAAGAAAUUGAUGGAAUCGACAAAGCUAAAACGCAAAUUCAGACUGCAAACAAGGAACUUGAAGGACAUGUGAAGAGUCUGGAAGACUGGAAGUCUGCCGCCGGGAAUGUUAUUACCAAGGCCAACGAGAAGUGUGAUGAGAUACUUAAGAGGGUUUAUAAGGGUGACCGACCGGACGGUGUAAUUAAACAGCAAGCUGAGGCGCUGCAGAAUAAAGCCAAAGACCUUUUGACCGCUUACGCGGAGGCGCAUACUGAAGUUACCGGUUUGACACUGAAAGUUCAAAAUGCCGUUAAAGAUUUGGAAGAAGGCAUGAAAGAGGAUUUGCAAAGGCUGCAAGGGAGUAUUGUGCAGAAGAUGAAGAGCCAUGUUGGUGGGAUGCUUGGUGAAAUAAAGACGCAAGUGGGACAGAUUAAGGGGGAUGCAUCCUUAAACACAGGCCUUGAAGGCAUUGAGCAGGGAGUGCAGCAUUAUUUCACUUUUUUCCAGAGCACUUUCACCAAAGCAGUCGGCGGUUGGAUCGAUGAUAUUCUUGCUCAUAACGGCCUGAUUAAAAAGCUGCUUGGGUGGCAGGGUAAGUGGGUGGAGGAGGAGCUUAGGAAGCAGCUUAAUGACAGUGGUCUCGGAGGCUUUAUUAAGGAACCGCUUGAAAAGGAAAUUAACGCAGCGGUUGAAAUGUUCAAAUAUACACAAUCCACUGAUACUGACGGCAUCCAGCAAAAAAUCACACAGGUCAAAAAUGCCUGCACACUGUUUGCCAAGGCGCUUGAUGAGAAACUGGAGAAGGAUCCAGAGAGUGAUGGUGUCCUUGCGUUGGCCAAGAAGGCCAAGGAUGCGAUGAACAGUCCGGAAUCACGAAGCACAAAAGGCAACUUACAAAGGGUCUUAGAAAAGGCAGACUGUCAGUGUGGUUGCGGGAAUAACUGCAAAAAAGGAACUCCAGAUAAGUGCCAAAAAUGCGAGCAACCAAAAUGCAACCUCACGCAGGCCAUCGCCACCACGCUCCUCGUCGUGUCCUCGGUGGCCCGGCAGGUGGGCAAGGAGCUUAAUUCAGUGUUCCUCAACAUCGACGAGAAGCACGGCAUCAGCCCCAGUGAAGGAAGCAUCGCUUCCAUCCUUGACAGAAUGACGCCGGUUGUGAAUGGGCUUCACGACAAUCUCGAAAAGGCGCUUAAUGGACAAGGCUCCGAUCACAAAGUUGGCAAUCAGGCUAAAAUCUCCGACAAGCUUGAUAAGGCAAUUGAUACUGAAGUUGCGGAUAAGUUUCCGAAGGAGACGGCGCAGCCGAGCGGCGCUCCAAGUGCCCCGCCAAAUUAUAAGCUUGGUGAAGUCGCGAAGGAAUAUAAUACGCAUAUGACAGAGAAGGUGAGCAAAGAGUGGGAUAAAAUUACCAGUAAAAUUCCAGAGCUUCAAGUGUCCGCCGAAAAUAAGACAAAAUACUCCGGCAAACAAGGCAAAGAUGCUGUCCAACAAGAAAUCAAAGAUCUCCACUCCGACCAUGGACAAAAAUUCGAUGGCUUCGUAAAAGCCGUCAGGGACCUCGUUAAGAAGGAAGAUCAAAACCCGCCGUUGCAAGGUAAAAAAGAAGAUGUUUAUCACUACGUGGAGGAUUUGGAUGGCAUGAUUAAGAAUGGAAGUGGUGACGAAAAUUAUGCGCUGAAAUCCGAUGCAGGCAAAACUGUUAAACGCCUUGAGAAAAUCCAUGAGGUUGUUAAAGGUCUGCAAGAAAAAGCGUUACCUCCCCAAAUUACCAAAAUCCAAGAUGCCAAACAGGCAAUUGUGGAUGAACUCAGAAACCUCAGAAAGGAGUUGAAAGGUGAACAAGGCAAAAAGGACGGCGUCGUUGACCAGUUGACGGAUUUGAUGAUCACUGGACUUAAUAAUGUUGACAAGUGGCAACCUAACGGUAAAGAAGCAAAGGGCUUUGACAAUAUUAAAAAUACCCUUCACACUCAACAAACUCAGUUGACCACCCAGCCCGCUGCAAUCUCCACUGGCGUCAACCAGAUUACCCAGGAGCUUGAAAAGCUGAGAGGGGAGUUGAAAGGAAAACAUGGCAGUAAGGAAGAUGUCAUACAUGCUUUGAAAUUCUUGAUAAGCGAUGGUUUUGGCACUGAAAGGUGGAAGAAUAGUAAGAAUUUUUUUAGUAAUGAUGAUGGUCAAGAGGUUGACGGCCUUGGGAAAAUCCACAAGGACCUUAAAGGGCAGAAUGCCAAGUUGCCCACAGCAACCGACAAAAUUACUGACGCCAUCAAAAAUAUCAGAAGGCAACUUGCACUUGUCGGAAUCCGGUUACAUAAUGUGGUCGUGGAUGGUGACGUCGUGGACUACUUGCAGGCUCUGCAAAGGCAAAUCGGUAAAAGCAGAGUGAAGGACAAAGAAAAUCUCCAUGGCAUUAAUGAGGAGAUUAAAAUGCUGAAAAACACAGAUUUCACUACGCAUCCUAAUAACAUCCAAGAUGCUGUUACAAAAAUGACCUCAGCGCUUACAACCCUCCAAGGUGACUUGCAAGACAAUGUCACCGGCAAACUGACGAAGUUGAGAGAGCAGGGGCUUCAAAAAGGCGUAAACUGGGAUGAUAAAGCACAAAGUGUAAAGGGUUUCGAGACAAUAAAGGAGGAAAUUGACAACCUUCAAAAGGAACGUUUUAGCAAGCAUAGUGACAUCACCGCCGGCAUCCAAGGAAUCACCCUGUCGCUUAACAGCCUUAGAGACACGUUGGAAAAUGACGUCACUAAAAGGCUGCAGAAGCUGAGAGACAGUGGCCUUAAUGAAGGUAGAGAAGCGUGGACAAUUGACAACAACUCUGCAAAAGGCCUCACUAAGAUUACCGAAGACAUCGAGGCCAUAAAAACCAAGGACGUUGAGGACGUGAAGGAGAAACUAAAGGAGCUGUGCACGGCGAUCCGGACGGAAGCAAACGAGUUGAAGAGGGACUUAAAGCGUCUGAAAGGUGACAGCCUUGAUGAGUUGACUGGAAUAAAAGACCAAUUGCACAACCUGCAGAUCCGUCUGGUGAGUGGGCCAAUUCAGGCCUGCAAGGAGUUCAUUGACAGGGACGCCGACAGAUUCGCAAGGGAAUGCAUUGCGUCCCUCACAGCGUUCGUCAACGGGCAAGUGGCCACCGCAAUCGACGACAUCACAGCCUUCGCCAGGCAGCAGUAUGUCUCCAACAUCAAGGAGGCGCUGAAGGCCUUCGCCCGGAAGGUUGAAGAGGAGCUGCGGGAGUUGCCGUGGGAGAUCGACAGGGACCUGAGACUGGAGUACAAGGGCCUGAUGGCCCGAGUGGAGCACGGCCUGCAAAAUGACCUCAACGUCCAGAAACUCAAGGAGUCAAGGAGCCUCCCACCGCUGUCCUCCGCUUUCAUGCGUUUCUACUCGUCACUCGAGGACCACGUGGACAGGGAGAUAAAUCGGUUCCACGACGAGGAGCAGAGGAAAAAUCCCAAGCGGCAGGACGCACAGGAGCAUUCCACUAGGCUCUCCGCGGUGAACGAGGCGUUUCACGCAUUGCUCACGUACUUCAAAGACAACGAUACCUUCGACCACAGACUCCUAGCGCUGCUCCGCAGCCUCACCGACGCGCUGAGUCACCUGCGACCUGAGAGCUUCGCCAAGCCCUCAAGUCCCCUGCUGGACGGCCUGGUGGAGGGGCUCACAAAGUUCGUCGCCGAGUUCACAUGUGCGUACGUCUCAAGAUACGCCGGGCAGACGUUCACCGCUGCCUUGGUCGAAAAUGAGACUUUAACUGAGACCGUAAGAUCCCAAGGCACAAAGUCCGUCACCGCCAAAAACGUUACCAAGCUGACGCCAUACGGUGCCAUGUGCGCCAAGGUCUUUCUCACCACGCUGCCCACACUGUGCGACGCCUUCACCAGGCUGGCGGAGCAGUGCGGGAAGAACGGCAAGUGGAGGGACUACAACAACAAUCUGCGCAACGGACUCGGCACUUUCCUCCACCGCUGCGGCUACAAGGUCUCAACCUCUCCCACCCUGCAGGACGGCGAGCUGCGCGACGAGUGCAACGGCCACGACGUGUUUGUCUUGGUCAGCCAGAAGAUUAAGGAGACCCAUGACAACGCACACCUCAAAAAAUGCCUGUCCCUCACACACGCCUGUAAUCUCUUACAGCUCCUCAAAUGCCUCUGCACGCACCUCACUGAGUACUACAGGACGUGCCACCUCAAACUGCAUCCCUCACCCCGGCCGCCGUGUUCCAUCUACGAGAUGCUUCAAUGGUGCUGCGGGCUUACGUACAACGCCGUGUACCUGGGCCUCAACUCCGAAGCACUGCCUUUGCUGUUCGAGGCGGAGGAGCAGGACUCUGCGGAAUCCGACGUGGCCUUGAUAAACCUCAGCAGCCUGGCGCUGGAAGCUUACCCGCAGAACGUAACACCGGCGUCCCUCACCGACGCACUCACGGAGGUGUGCCACACGUCGCAUUCAGUGCUCACCACGUUACUAGGCUUCGGCCAUGCCGGAGGCAUCUACGCCUGCGACUUCAACACCAACCCGGCAGGCCUGCUCUACCCCGGCGACGCGGACGCUUUGCUCUGCCUGCUCUUCGACGUCCUCAAACGCCUCCACCAACAGCUGUAUCUCCUCUACCGCCGGUGCACCUACAACGCCCGGCACGGCGGAUGGCUCGACUGCUGGUACGGCCGGGGCGUCGGAGGCUCAUCGUGGCGGUGCAACACCAUGCAGUGUGCCAACCAAAUAUGUGACCAACAGUGCAACCAAACACACAACCAAAUAUGUAACCAACGCUGUGACCAACACCCUAAGUGCGGCGUCAAGUCGCCGCUCCAGUCGUUCCUCGAGGACGGCCUGGUGGGCUUCCUCCCUCACCAGCUGUCGCCCAAGGACACCUGUGUCUCAUGCUCCGGAUGUGACACUGAGUCACCCGGCCUGCCGUGCAAGACGCCCAUGGGCCUCUCCAACAUCACCAGGCUGGCCUCCCGUGCGGGUACAGGGCGACGCAUCAUGGACGUCCUCGGCGCCCUCUGCGGCGGAAAGUCAUCCCCCCUCACCAGGCUGUGCGGCUUCCUGAAUUGCCUCCUCACUCGCCCGCCCCGGACGCCAGACGACCUGUUCGCCUUCUACUUCAACUUCAUAUGCGAGUGGCAUAAUGACGGCGAGCACCGUAAGGCGGCCUUCGAGGACGCCGUCGGCGACGCGUGCUUCUGGCAGCGGGGCGUGACACUGGACGUCAGUACAAUCUUCGGCACCAGUGACCAUGGCUCCGUCACCAACAUGCCUCACCUCACCGGGGACCUCUUCUCACUCGUCGAGUGCAACGGCACUCCUCGCUCCGCUCCGUCACACCCCUGCGGCCCAUACCUCAAGCCCCUCGGCCACGACGUACGCGCCACCUUCGCCAGGGAACACGCCCACCUCUACCUCUCCUGGGUGGUAUACCUCACGGAGACUUUCUACGACUAUCUCCGUUCACUGCUCCGGGACUGCGAGCGCAACUGCGCCGACGCCACGUCCGAGUGCCACGCCAGGAGCUGCGACAACCAAUGCCCAGCCAAGCGACGGCCGAUGGCCCCGGACUCCGAGCACCUUGAAUCAUGCCCCUCCAUCGCGGACUGCGACUCCACCACGCCCACACUCUUCCAGUACGGCUUCGCUCUCAGGGACGCCCACAGCCUCGCCGGAUCCACCCGCGGCCACCAUUCCAAGCGCACCUGCGAGGAUCUCUGCACAGCACUGCAAGUCGCCGUCAAGCAGAUGAACCCUCUCCACAGGCUGGCGCACGAGACCAUCCCCGAGUUCCUCUACGGCAUCCGUCUACCAUUCCUCUACACCAUCACAGCACUCUGGUCUAUCGCCACGCUCUACAUCCUCGUCAUACUCCUCUACCGCAUGGACGUAUUGCGCAUCCGCUCCCACCUCCUCACCACCAGGGCCUCCCACCUCAUCGACGUCAAGGCGCUGCUCGCCGGCAGCCGCAGGAUGCUCUCACUCUACAAAGACAUUACCAACUUGAACACUUGGAUCACCGAGGCUGAGAAAAUCCGUCAGGCCGCUGAGGAAAAGGCCAAGGAAGCCUACGACAAGUUGAAGGUUAAUGAGACUCUGAGUAACAAAAUCGGAGAGAUUGUGACGGCAAAUGAGAAGAUUAAAGGAGUACAUACUCAGCUGAGUGGUGUUGGAAAAAGUUUGAGUGACUGGAAGAUUAAGGCCGGGGAAGUGCUUACCGGGGCGAUUGAAAAGGCGACGCAAGUUCAUGAUGCAUUGAAAGAUGAUAAUAAAUCGGAGAUUAGUAAAAGUGUUAAUAGUAUUGAAGAUGCUAAAUCUAAAAUUGUCGACGCUAAUAAAACUCUUGGCACUGAAGUUGAGAAUUUGGGUAAGUGGAAGUCUGCCGCCAAGGAUGUUAUUACCAAGGCGCAGGGGAAGUGUGAUGAUAUACUUGGUAAAGUUUAUAAGAAUGGCAAGCCGGACGGUGUGAUUAAACAGCAAGCUGACGCAAUGCAGAAAAAAGCUGAGAACCUCUUGACUGCUUACAGCCAGGCGCAUGAGAAGGUUAUGGCGUUGGAGACUGCAGUUCCUGCAGCCAUUACAGAUUUGGAGACCGGCAUGAAACAGGAUUUGCAGACUUUGCAGAAGAGUAUUGUGGAAGGGAUGAAAAAGCAUGUUGGGAGUAUGCUUGGUGAAAUUCAGAAGAGUGUGGGACAGAUUAAGGGGGAGGCGGGGCAACCAGGAGAUGGACAUAAUAGUUGGAAAAUUGAAAAUGGCAGCGGUAUUGAAGCUGUUGCAAACGCGUUGAUUAGCAGCUACGCGAAUGCAUUCAGCGAGGCGUGGAGCUUUAAAAGGAUAGUAGGCGGUUGGGCGGAGGGCAUUUUGGGGAAGGAUAAAGAUGAUACCAAGCCCCCUAAAAAGUGGCUUCAGAAGUUUGUUCAGGAUAACGGUGGGAAGGGGAGCGGGAUGGACGUGGUGACGCUGCUGAAAGGUGGUGACCGUGGGUUUGUAUGGAGUAAUAAAAUUAUCGAGCAGAUUAAGACGAAGCUUCAUAGUGAAAUUGAGGCAGGCAAGAAAAAGGUUGAUACGUCCAGUGGUAAAAUCGAAAAAACCAUUACAUCCGUCAAAAAUGCGUGCGAGGCAUUUGUUAGUGGGCUUGAUGAGAAACUAGCGUCCGAUGGAAUUCAGAAGCUUGCCGACCAGAUAUUCGAGGGUAUUGUCAGUGAGGGUAAAUGGAAGGGUUACGGCGGCCACGACAUUCAAGCCGCUAUUAAACCCGCCAUACAAGCCGCGUUAAUUGGUCUCUCCGCUACCGCUAGUCAGGUGGCCAACGAAAUUGACUCCAUCCUUCUUCUGAAAGACAGGGUGAACGGCAAAAGCAUCGCACAGGUGUUGGAUAAAGUAGUUGAGGAGACUAAAAAGCUGCACAACAAUCUGGAAGAUGCGUAUCAAGCGACUAAGCAAGCUGCCGCAUCUCCCACCUCCAGCACCCAGGACAACGAAAUUCUGAAGAGCGUUCAGGGGAUUGAGCAGCAGGUUAAUGAGGGGAUGCAACAGGGCGGUGGUGAUUUGGAGGUUGAAAAAGUCAUGACAUCGUUUGAAGAAAAGAAAAAAGAAGCGCCAGAUCCAUCUGGAAAAAAAGGCCUGUACAAGAAGCUGACUGACGUAGACAUCCCCCAGGCGCUGCAGCCUUUCGAGCAGAUGAAGGAAUUCCAGGAAGCACAAGUAAAACAAGAACUUACAAAAGGCCAAGUAAAAGAAGCAAAUAAAGCUGUCUCCCAGCAUCUCUCCACAAUCGAAACAGGGCUCAAGGAAAUCGCAUGGUUCGUCGAUAGUAAAGCAAAAGGCGGCAAGCAACCAGAAAAAUACACCGGUGACCAAGAUGGCAUCAAGGACUACUUGGAUGAGCUUAAAAGUGCGCUUGAUCAGGGCAAGUUAAAUGGAGCUGAUAAAGGUCUAAAUGAUAUUUAUGAAAAGAUCAAUGAGCUGAAAGACGGUGCAUUUAAUACCGGUCCGACACAAAUUGACACAGCCGUCACCCUUAUUAAGGCGCAGCUUCAAGAGCUUAGGGAGAAGUUGAAGAAUGAUGAUGAUAAUGAUAAAAAUCCAGUUGUCAACGCUUUGCAAGAUUUGCAAACCAAGGGGCUUGGCACCGGUGAUAAGGAUUGGACACCGAACGGGAAAAAGCUCAGUGGUCUUGGGAGAAUUCAGUAUGAGCUCACAUAUCAGAAUAAGGUAUUGCCCGUGCAGACGAAAAUUAUCGAGAAAGCCAUCGCCGAUAUUAAGUGGGAGCUUAUAAAGUUGGGAGCCGAUUUGGAUUAUCCAUUCACUCCUGAUGACAUCUUGGACAAUUUGACACUAUUAAAACACAAGAUUGGAAGAAAUACAAAGUACGGUGACAGCCUUCAAGUAAUUCACAAUGAAAUUCAACAACUGCAAUCCGUUGUGUUUACUCAGAAACCCCUUGCCAUCCAUCAAGCCAACUCAGCAAUUAAAGGAGAACUCAAAGACCUCCAAGGUGUGCUGCAAGGCUCCAAGCCAGGCAAGGAUGUCAUAAAGUCACUGGAGGAUUUGCAGAGCAAUGGACUAAGUGGAGAUAAGGUGUGGAAUGUUAAUGGUCAAGAUAAAAAAGGCCUUAAAAGCAUCGAAAGUGCACUUAAAGCUCAACAAACUACGUUGGGACAACAACCCGGCAAAAUAGACCAAGGCGCCCAGUCAAUCACCAAUGAGCUUAACAGGCUUCAGAAAGAUUUACAGAACAAUGUCACCGAAAAGCUCAAGAAGCUGAAAGAAAGUGGCCUUAAUAACGGCGGAACCAAUUGGACAACUGACAAAGCAAAUGUAAAUGGUAUCCAAAAAAUCACCACAGACAUCGAGACCAUAAAGGACAGGGACGUUAAAGACGUGAAGGAGAAACUCAAGGAGCUGUGCACAGAAAUCCGGCACAUUGCAAAGGACACCGCGUUCACCUUAAAGGAAGUGAAAGAGAAGAACCUUGAAGAGUUAACAGAAAUAAAAGAAAAUCUCCGUAAGCUUCAGAUCCGUCUGGUGAGUGGGCCAAUCAAGGCCUGCAAGGAGUUCAUUAAUAAAGACGCCGACAGGUUCGGAAGGGAGUGCAUUGCGUUCCUCACAGCGUUCGUGAACGGCCAAGUGGCCACCGCAAUCGAGGACAUCACAGCCUUCGCCAAGCAGCAGUAUGUCUCCAACAUCAAGGAGCUUUUGAAGUUGUUCGCCCGGAAGGUGGAAGAGGAAUUAAGUCCCUUACCCCCGUUAAUAAAUGGAGAUCUGCAGAUAGGGUAUAAGGGGUUUGUGUAUGAUUUCCAGCAACGCUUCGAGUCUCACAUCUCUCCUCUAAAGGGUACGCUGCAACUCGACGCCCUGUCCACAGCCUUCAAGCGGUUCCACCUGGCGCUCUCGGGAUACCUCAGCACAGAGAUCAAGAGAGUGCACAGCGAGGAGAGCAAGAAGAAGAAUCCCUCACUACCCCCGGCAGAGGAUCACUACGCCGAGAGGCUUUAUCAAGUCACCCAGGCACUCGAGGAGUUGCUGGAGCACAUCAGCAGGGAGAAACGUUUCGACCGCAGACUUCCCGAAAUGCUCGAUAAACUCGCCAAGGCAGUCGGAGCCCUGCGACCGGAGAAAUUCGCCAAAGUCACAACUCCGAUACUCGACGGCGUGGCGGAGGCAGCGGACAAGUUUGAGAAGGAACUGAGAACGGUGUACAUCUCCACAUACGACGGGGCGUUUGAGGGCCGCGUGCUCUACCACGAGGGGAGGAAGGUGUACACCCCGGAAGCUGCGAAAUGCGCCAUGAUCCUUCUGACCAUCACCGACACGCUGUUCCGCGAUUUGAACGAGCUCAGAAUGAAAUGCGCAGACGAGUGGUCAGAUAAAUUAAUAAACCCCUUCACCCCCCUGGGCGCCUUCCUCCAGCAACGCGGCUACCGCGUCACCUCGGCGUGCGUUCCGGACGGCGAGCUGCGGAACGACAGUGACUGCAGAGGCACCAAAAUAUACGAGCUUGUCAAACGUUCCUUACAGCCACUCGACGAACUCCACGACAUGCUCAAGUGUUACCUGCGUCUCUGUCACUUGCGUGUUCCCCCUGAGCCACGGUACCCCGGCACCGUCAGGGACAUUCUCGCGUGGUUCGCAGGGCUUCCUUACUCCGUGCUCUAUGAGCGCGUUCAGGCGCAUUGCAACGUCCUGUUCAGGGGCGAGGGUGAUGCAGUGGUCAAGCAUUGCUUGCUCUGCAUCCCCGGCGCACUCGGCCUUGUGACACAUCACAGCAGUACCCUCCUCGUCACCAUCUGCGGUAACGGUCGCGGCUUCGACCACGCCGACUACCCCUACGCCUGCAACUUCUGGGACAACUCACGCGGCCUCCACUACCCCUCAGACCUCGCCGAUUUGUUACAUAUGCUGACUCAUUUAUGUAAAUGUUUGCUACUUGCACUCAACUUUUUGCGCGCACGAUGCAAAUAUGAUGCCUCCACGGGCCACGGCUGGCGCGACUGCCGGUACGGCAGAAGCGUCCCCGCCGCCAGCUGGCAAUGUAACAAGCACUUAAUGUGUGAACCAAAUGGCCGACCAACGUGCCGACCAAAUGGCCAACCUAUGUGCCAGUCAACGUGCCAACCAAAAUCCCCGCUACAGGCCCAUUUGAUGGACCAUCUGGCGGGCUUCCUACCGCAUAAGUUGGCCUCCGUCGGUUGUGACUCGCAGUGCGACACGUGUUCUAUCGCAUCCCCCGGCAUGCCCUGUGUCACGCCCAUGGGCUUCUGGGACCUGCCGGAUGCGGGGUCCAUUGUCGGCAGUGGUGAGCAAAUAUGCGCCGUGCUUACCGCCCUGUGCAGUGGUGCCGAGUCACCCCUGCCAACACUGUUACGUUGCCUUUCCUCAAUUGACCCCUCGCCGCCUCAAAGUCUCGGUGACAUGUUUGCGUUCUACUGCAACGUGUUCCGGUGCCGGCAGUCCGCUGAGUACGUUGACAACGUCCACUUCACUGGUCACCUGAGCACUGCGGCAAUCCCCAGCGUCUCUCUGUACCUCUGUCCCACCACUCAGGCGGCGCAAUUGACCAACGCCCUCACCAGGCUACACCACUCCCCCGACGACCACAGUGGCGCAUCCCCAACGGACGCUGCCACUAACACCUUACAGGCCACCCACUCGGACCUGUCGAGUCUCACCGUCCGGUCGCGGUGCGCCGACUCACUGACCUGCGCCCCCUACCUCCAACCGCUCUCCUUCCACGCCUACCACACCUUCCCCGAGAAGCACGCGGAGGUAUAUUUGUCGUGGGUCAUAUACACCGCAUGGCGAUUCUGGUACCUGCUCGAGCAACUGCUCAACGCCUUUCAAGACAUUGACUGCGCAAGCUCCGGGUGCUCGACGUGUCCCUGCAGACCGGGCCAACAUGGCGUCGACCUCAACUGCAAGUGCAAGGCACUGGUGAGCUGUCACGGCGUCCUGCCGACGUUUCACGCAUACGGAUUUACAUUUGGAAACACGAGAGCCUUGCACGGCAAUAACAGAAAAUAUUGCCGUAAUUUCCGCACGCAGCUCAGCCAAGUCGUCCACUCCAACCACUUCGCCAACCUUUUCCGCCAGAUCGACGAGCUCCUCUACUGCAUCCGUAUGCCCUUCCUCCUCUGCCUCGCAGCACUCUGGGUCAUCGCCACGCUCUACAUCUCCCACACGGUGCUCUACCGCAUGGACGUCCUCCGCAUCCGCUCGCACCUACUCACCACCAGGGCCUCACACCUCAUCGACGUCAAGGCUUUGCUCGCCGGCAGCCGCAGGAUGCUCUCGCUCUACAAGGACGUCGACUACUUCGACGAUGACGUUCACCCGUGA